GUGAUCGUCAUUUCGCGAGAGAGAGCGGAGACUAGAGGGAAAGAGAAGAAGCUAAAGAGGGACACAAGACAACAAAGAAAGAAAAAAGAAAAUCGAAUUUUGAUAGACCUGUGGGAUUAUUAUUUUUUAUGCGUUCAUUCCUCGCUUCUCUCUCUGCGUGUAUAAAUACCCCAUUCAUCAUCAGGAACCUCAGGGACAAGCUUUGGUGUGGGUGGGAUUUUCGGCGCCUGUUAUCUCUGGUAACUGAAGCUAAGAAUCGUCCAAGAACAAGGCGUCGGCGCGGUUGAAGUCACGAUCGCGCCUCCGGCCAACUGCGGAUCGUUCCCCUGCUGUCUGGGGAUUUCUUUUUGGCGAUUCUUCUGAGGUAUUUUUCGAGUUAUACUCUUGUAUUGUUUCUCAAAGCUGAAAAUAUAUAUGGGCUGAGGUGCACAUUUCAUGGGAGGUGUGGAGGAUGAAGAACCAGCCUUAAAACGAAUGAAAUUAUCCUCUAAGGGAUUAGUAGCCCUGUCAAACGGUUCAUCUUCUGUUGAGCCCAUUGGUGGCUCGUCAAGUGCUUUGAUGGCUCGGCCCCUACCAUCAGAAGGGGGCGAAGAUGUAGUCGGCUCAAAAGGAGUUAUUAAGAGAGAGGAAUUUGUCCGGAUUAUUGCAAAGGCUUUAUACUCUCUUGGUUAUAAAAAGAGUGGAGCACAUUUAGAGGAGGAGUCUGGGAUACCUUUACAUUCAUCUGUGGUAAAUCUGUUUAUCCAGCAAAUAGUUGAUGGCCACUGGGAUGAAAGUAUCGCAACAUUGCAUAAUAUUGGUCUAGCAGAUGAAAACACUGUCAAGUCAGCCUCUUUUUUAAUCUUGGAACAGAAAUUUUUUGAGCUUUUGGAUCGGGAGAAGGUCAUGGAUGCAUUGAAGACCUUAAGGACUGAGAUUGCACCACUUUGUGUCAAUAGCAGUAGACUUCGUGAGCUUUCUUCUUGCAUUGUGUCUCUAUCUCCAUGUGGCAAAAAUGGUUCUACUAAGCAAGGUAUUGUGAAGGCAAGUUCUCGGUCAAAACUGCUGGAGGAAUUGCAGAAACUGCUCCCUCCAACAGUAUUGAUUCCUGAAAAGAGGUUGGAGCAUCUAGUUGAGCAAGCCCUUAUCUUGCAACGAGAGGCUUGCUUAUUUCACAACUCAUUGGAUAAGGAUAUGUCAUUAUACUCUGAUCAUCACUGUGGGAAAGAUCAGAUACCAUCUAGAACAUUACAGAUACUGGAAGCACACAGUGAUGAAGUUUGGUUUGUACAAUUUUCACAUAAUGGGAAAUAUUUGGCUUCAUCAUCAAAUGAUCGGUCUGCAAUUAUUUGGGAGGUUGGCAUGGAUGGUGGACUGUCUGUAAAGCAUAAAUUAUCUGGUCACCAGAAACCCGUAUCUUCUGUUUCAUGGAGUCCUGAUGACCAACAGCUCCUCACAUGUGGAAUAGAGGAGGUCAUCAAGCGUUGGGAUGUUUCUACUGGCCGGUGCCUUCAAGUCUAUGAAAAAGCUGGUCUUGGCCUGGUCUCCUGUGCUUGGGCGCCAACUGGAAAGUAUAUACUUUCUGGCCUCAGUGACAAGAGCAUCUGCACUUGGGAAUUGGACGGGAAAGAAUUGGAAACUCUGAAAGGACCAAGAUCCCUUAAGAUUUCUGAUUUGGAAGUAAUGGGUGAUGAGGAAACUAUUCUUAGUAUUUGUAAAGACAACGUAGUUCAGUUGUUCAACAGAGAAACUAAGGAUGAGAGGUUCAUUGAAGAGGAUCAGACAAUAACUUCCUUUUCGUUAUCAAAGGAUAACAAAUUCAUGCUGAUUAAUCUUUGGAACCAAGAAAUACAUCUUUGGAAGAUUGAGGGUGAUCCUAAGCUUGUUGGCAAGUACAAAGGCCAUAGACGCACCCGGUUUCUUAUUAGGUCAUGCUUUGGUGGACGUAAGCAAGCAUUUAUUGCUAGUGGAAGUGAGGAUUCACAGGUAUACAUAUGGCACAGAAGUACAGGGGAUCUAAUAGAGGCAUUGCCAGGUCAUUCUGGAGCUGUUAACUGUGUGACUUGGAAUCCUGCUAACCCCCACAUGUUGGCCUCGGCCAGUGAUGACCGAACAAUUCGGAUCUGGGGUUUGAAUUGUCUGAAUGUAAAGUACCAAAAUGCAACUUGCAAUGGCAUCCAUCACUGCAAUGGAGCAACUUAAAGUUGGAGCCAUACUUAUCAUCAUAAUCACAUUUCAUUCCUUCUUUCUUUUGUCAUUGCAAUUGUGUAAAUACUUUACUAACACCACAAGUGGACAUUCAUGUCAAUCAUGCAUCUGACUUUCUCAUCUCUAGUUCUCUUAAUAAAUUCAUGUUACAUUUA